GGGUAUUGGAUAGCGCGACAUUGAAAUGCGGCGGUGGCAUUCGUUGCUUGUUGCAGAGCUUGUUUCAGGUUGUUCAUCCUGAGCUAUCGCUCAUUGUAAUAAAUAAUAUAAAGUAAUAAAUGAGUGUCUGGCGCAGACUUCAAAGGGUUGGAAAGAAAGCAGCGAAAUUUCAGAUUACUGCUUCUUUGCAUGAGCUGAAUAUUGAAUGCUCGCGUCAUUACAACCCCGGAAACUUAGUAGUUGUUUGGUCUCGUCGCAGUCGGCGAUAUUCUUCUAAAUCAUUUGAACCUGUUAAAAGUUCUGGCAAUUCAAAUUCAUUUAAAUAUGUUUGGUCUAUGCCGGAGAAUAUAGAAUUCGUCACUACUUUAUAUCGAAAUGAAAAAGCAAUUCAAUUUGAAGAAAAAGAAUGGAUAUGUCAAAUCGAAGAUGUUGGAGCUAAAACUUCAGGUUUACUUUCAGCAUCUACACCAUCGGUUAGACGACGUGUACUUGCUACCAGACAAAUCGAUAUAGCCGAAUUCGUCUCAGAUUUACCCGUGCAAACAAAUCUCAAAGUAGUCAUGCGUCUCGCUUCUAAAAAGUUAAUAUCUGCUACAGUUCUCCUUACGCUAAAUUCCGUUAUUGUAAAAGCUGGAGAAGCCACUGAUGAAGAUAUGAUAUCCAUAGCAUCACUCAUGUCAUUAAGUCGUACUGGAAGUUUUAACGUUGGCAGUGGAGUAACUAUUAAUGAUCUGGGUGGUGUCGCAGCAUUUUCACCAACAACAGCGAGGCUCUCUAACGUGGAUGAUUUUAAUUCACAUUCCUUUUCAAAUAGUACUUUUCAUACUGAUCUUAGUGAAUUAACUGCUAAACUACAAUCUUUGGAACGACGUCAAAUAGAUCCCCUUGUAGAAUCUCCUAUAAAAGCAAAUGGGAAUUUUUCAGAUUAUUCUUCAGAAUUAGAUAAUUCCAAAACAACUCUAAAUAGUUCGAAAAACCAAGAUUCACUCUCAUCUACAGUUGAUGAUAUUUUGACGAAACCACGUAUUUCCACUUUUGAUAAAGCAAUUCCUAAUUCAUCCGAAUUAAAGCCUAUUUCAAAUCAAAGUCGUUAUGACUUACUUAUAUGGUGCCAGUUGGUGACUAAAUCUUAUGACAAUAUACAAAUAGUUGAUCUUACUACAUCAUUCCAAAAUGGAUUAGCUUUCUGUGCUAUCCUGCAUCACUUUUUUCCCGAUCGAAUUGAUUACGACUCAUUGUCUUCGGAGAACCCCCUACAAAAUUGUCGACUGGCAUUCGAUGUGGCUUCUAAAUUGGGAGUACCCCGUGUACUUGAUCCAAGUGAAGUAGUUUCUAAAAGUCGUUCACCUGAUUUGCUCAGUAUGAUGACAUACCUCCAUCAAAUCCGUACAUUUUGCUGUGAACGGACAAAAAAUAAUGAGGAGGACUCUUCAUGUACAAAUGAUAACUUAGUAUUAAAUGGGAUCAUUGAACAAUGUAUCAAAACCAACAAUUCAGAAACGAAUCAUAGUUUGCAGAAAAUUGAAAAUCCACCGGAUGAAAACUUGAACAAUGUUAAAAAUAAUUUAACUAAUCCAGAUAAAGCUGUUAGAUCAACACCUAAAAAGAAAAUUCCUUUAAUGAAUUAUGAACAUAUGUUGGCUAAAGCACGUAGUCUCUUGCAACAAUCACGUCUAAAUUAUUUAGCACCAACAAGUCGACCUGGUGCUUUACCGCCUUUAGCGCAUCCUCGUAAACCACAUCCUAUAUCUGGUUCAUUGACAGCAAUUCAUUCAGUAGAUGAAAAUUUUAACCGAAAUCCAAUGACAGAAGAAAGUUUAACGAAUACUACAUUAACUGAAGGACAAAAUCAUCGAUUGACUGAUACAAAGUUAUGUACAAAACAUCGAAAAUCGCAUAAAACUUUGUACAGAUUUAAUUCAGAUGGCACAAUAUGUAUACCGAAUGUUGAUACCUCAUUAAAUUCCAUUUCUAAGCCAUUUCGAUUUUCAACGAGUAAUAUUUUUCCAACACUUAGUAAACCACCACAGUCAACUAUUGACACAAGGUUUUCUCCGGAACAAAUGAAAGUUAGACGUCUACGUCUGUCACAAAUGAAUCUUUUUGCGUCGGGUCGAGGUAGUGGUGCACCAGUACCUAUACGUAUUGGUGAACAUCAUUUGGAUAAUAAAACGGAUAACCGAACUCAUGUCUUCACUUCUAUCAAAAAUCAAGGCUCUUCAGUCAAUAACAGUUCGUCUAAUGCACUUCUCUCCGUUUCGAAUUAUAUCAGCAAUGAGCAGGCUGAAUUAGAAGAGGCGCAAAAGGAGUUAGAUAAAGAAGCAGCUGUACUAGAGCAGCGUUUACGCCAACAAAUGGCAUACGAACCAGGCACCGCAUUAGAAGAAGAAUUGUUAAGACGAUGGUUUAUGUUAGUCAAUAAGAAGAAUGCCCUAAUCCAUCGGGGCUUCCAGUUGUCUAUAAUGGAGAAGGAAGACGAUUUGAAAAAGAAAAUGAAAAUGUUGCAGGAUGAAUUACGAUCGAUUUUAUCUGUUGAAGAUUAUUUGAAAACAGAUAAUGAUCGAAGACGAGAAGAUCUUCUUUUACAAGAUCUUGUACGAUUGGUCAAUGAACGUGAUGACAUCAUUCAAGAAUUGGAUUUGCAUGAGAAAGUAUUAGCUGAAGAACUAGAACUGGAGCAGAACGCAGGUUAUAUGUCAUAUGGGAGGCGUAGAAUCGACAAAAGUUGUGUACUACAAUAAUGCUUAACUUAUCUAGAGAAGCAUGUACAAUGGGCUGUGAUUCAUAAUAGAAAAUAUGUUUCACUAACCACUUCUGUUUGGGAUUUAUUUACUCGUUGAUGUGCACAUCGAUUCCUUUCGAGAAAAAUACUAUUACAGUCUCUUUCAGCGCCAUAUUUCAAUUAAUGUCUCAGGCGAUCACUUUUUCGUGUAUUUCCCCCAGAUGUCAUUUAUUCAGUCUUUUUUGACUCCUGCAGUAAACAAAUUGUGAUGUUACUUUUCAUUUCCUUGUGACUGCUUUGUGUUUUGAAAAAGUUCACUAUGCUAUUAACUUUUAUUUCAUAUUUACUUAAAAUAUAUCAAAUUAUUUCGAAAACAGAAUGAUUGUGACCUGUCUUGUACUGUUUUAUUUAUCAAUAAUACGUUUUAUGUAUAUGUAGUCAUUAAUAUUGUAUAUUUCUCUUUCGUUUCCUGAGAGUCUAUUAUGGAUUUCGAGCUGAGAAUAAUACAAGUUUAAACCAAAGUG